CCCAGGAUCCCUGUCCGCCGGUCCGCGCCCCGCGGGGGCGCACAGAGGCGCGGGGCGGGGCGGGCGGAGUGUCGAAGCCCGUAAAAGCGGCACGGGCCACGGCCAGGCACUGACAGUCAUGGUGCGCCCGAACCUCCCGCUGGCGUUGGGCCUGGCUCUGCUCGCGGUCUGCCUCCUGGCGCUGCCCCGCGAUGCCGGUGCCCGGCCGAGGGAGCGUAUGAUCGGAGGACGGCAGGACCUGUCGACCAGCGACCCGCAGGUGCUGAAGGCGGCGCAGGCGGCCGUGGCCAGCUACAACAUGGGCAGCAACAGCCUCUACUACUUCCGAGACACGCACAUCCUCAAGGCGCAGAGCCAGCUGGUGGCUGGCAUCAAGUACUACCUGACCUUGGAGAUGGGCAGUACAGCCUGCCGGAAGAAUGCGGUGGCUGGAGACGGCAUAGACCUCACCACCUGUCCCCUGGCCGCAGGAACGCAGGAGGAGAAGCUGCGCUGCGAAUUUGAGAUCCUAGUGGUUCCCUGGCAGAACUCCACUAGCCUCCUAAAGCACGACUGCUUGCCCGUGUAUUAGACAUCGCAGCCUUGGGAGCAGGAGGGAGCAGGCCCAUCGGUGGAGGGCACUUUGGGGUCCAUGGGCCGUAUCUGUUACAAUAAAUUGCUAGCACUGCUUCUUG